UAAUAAUGUUUCACAGUUAUUUUUCAGUUUUCAAUUUGAUCUCGUUAUUAAUUUUGUUUGUAAUUUAAUCUUUUUAUUGAAUAAUAUUGUAUACCAGUUUGAGUUUGUACUUGAUCGAAAUCAUUUUUCCUUUGCCGUCUUAGUUCGAAAUAUCAUGUUGAAAACAGCAUUAUAAAUUUCCAUAUUUUGUGUCAGUAUACAAUGUGUACCGGUCAAACUGUUUAAGAGUUAUGAGUCAUUUGUUAUAAGAUUUACAAUUCAAAUGUUGAAAGUCAUACAGAUGGGCAUUCAAGCUUUCAUGGUGUUAGCCUCGAAGGUGUGGGCCUGCAUAUGCUUCCUAAUAAAACGACAAAUUAAAACUGUUCGCCAAUAUCAACCUGUUAAAUAUGGAGUAUUUCCUUUAUUACCAUUAUCCAGACAUAGAAUAAGUAUGUUAAGAGUUAUUUAUACAAAAUUAAAGGUUGUUAAGUCGAGUAAAAUAUAUUUAUUUUACAUAGGUAUGGUAAAACGGAAAGUUUUGGUGCUAGAUUUAGAUGAGACAUUAAUACAUUCACACCAUGAAGGUGUCCUACGUCAUCCGUCCAAACCAGAAAUGCCACCAGAUUUUAUUUUAAAAGUUACCAUUGAGCGGCAUCCAGUAAGAUUUUAUGUUCAUAAGAGGCCGCAUGUUGAUUUUUUCUUAGAUGUUGUCUCUAAGUGGUAUGAGCUGGUAGUCUUUACAGCUAGUAUGCAAAUUUAUGGUGCUGCAGUCGCUGAUAAAUUAGACAAUCGAAGGGGUAUAUUAAGAAGACGAUUCUAUAGACAACAUUGCACACCUGAAAUGGGUUCUUAUACUAAAGAUUUGACAUCAGUAUCAAGCGAUUUAUCGAGGGUCUUUAUACUCGACAAUUCACCAGCAGCAUACAGAGCAUUUCCUGACAAUGCAAUACCAAUUAAAUCAUGGUUUUCAGAUACUUCAGAUACAGCAUUGUUAAACCUCUUACCAAUGUUAGAUGCAUUACGGUUUACAGAUGAUGUACGUAGUGUAUUAAGUAGAAAUUUACACAAUCAUAAUUUAUGGCAAUGAUCUGUUCAAUAAAACCUGUUGAAUUUCUUAUUAAAUAAUAUUUUUGACUAUUUCAAUAAUGUAAUGAGAAUAUACUAACUAACUUAACUGACUUGAAGCGCAAAUAUUUAAUUUAUAUUAGUAUAAAACUUAAUAAAUAAAUUAAAAGGUGAUACCUUCUAUUUCAACAGCAAUAUAUUAAUGUUCAUUUAUUUCUUUCAUAUCCAUGUGUUGUGAAUUAAUAUUUAUAUAAUUUAAAACAAAAUUGUUAUUUUAUAAAACAUAUUUCAUUGAGUCAAUAGACUGGUCAAGUUUAUUUUGAUUAUUAUUAUGUAUUUAUUUCUACUUGGUGAAUAAAAAUAAUGUAUCUAUUGUAAGGUUCUAGUCGCUGUUAUCUGUAAUUUGUACUUUACAAUACUGAUUAUAAUAAGUAACGUAUACAGCAAUAUAAGUACUGAGUUGUAUGGUACCUUUAAAUAAUUCAUUUACAUUUUUCACUAAUAUAAAAAUGCAUCAACUAUAAUCAUUAAUGUGAAAUAUGUAUUCACUUUAUUUUAAUCAAAAUUAUAGAGAACAUUCUAAUUUCCACACAAUAUUUAUUGCAAAUUAUUGUUGAUUACAUUGGUUCAUUUCUCGAAUUCUGAUGCAUAUCUUUUAGUAUUAUAAUGAAAACAUAUUUUGUCAAUGCACACUUUUAAAAAAUAUAUUUUUAUUGUUGAUAUUCAAUAACCUAGAUAAAGUUGUAACUUAAAAAUUUUAAGUCAUUUUUGUUAGUUUUUAUACAAGAAGAAAUAAUAAGGUUAACUUAUCUUGUUUUAUUAUAAUUUUUUUAACUGUAAAGUCACUAUAUCAUCAAAUAACUUCCACACACAGGUAUUGAUAAAACAAAAUAUUAUAAAUAUUGUUAAUGAUUAAAUCUAUCAUACUCAUCAAUCAUGGCACCUAGCCAAUAAAAAAUGAGUUAAACAUUUUCUGAGGACUAAAAUUUAAAAAAAUAAUAAUUUUAAUUGUAAGAAUUUUAAAAAAACUAACUGCUGGGAUGUUAAAAAUAACCUAACUUUAUAAUAAUAUUAUAUGCCAAUAAAUAAUAAUUUAUAUUUAUACAACUGUAAUACCUAUUCAAAGUCAUAUUAUAAUUAUAAUAGUAUAAUUUAAAUUUAUAUACAUUGGAUUUACCAUUUAGUGAAUAGAGUAAUUUUUAUUUAUUUUUUAGUUGUGUGCUUACUGUGUGUUCUCAACAAUAGUUUUGAAAUAUUUUUUUUUAAUGUGAUAAAUAUUAAAAAAAUUCUUAUGUAUAAACACACAUGUAAUUUAUGUAUAAACACAUAAUUUUAAAAGUAUGUCCAAGAAUUAAUGUAAUCAUUGUCAUUUAGUACUUAAUGUAAAGUCUAUGCCACCAAACUGUGAUGUAUAUAUAGAUUAUCUUAUUUGGCUUUUAUAAUUUAUGUACAUAAUAUAUUUGUAUAAAUUAUAGUAACCAAAGUUCUUAAAAUACAGUUUUGUGGUUCAAAAAAGAUUUUUCAUAUUACUUUUUCCAAUGUUGUAUAAUAUUAUGUUUUAAUGUUUUCCAAAUUAUUGUCAGCUAUUCUCCAUUUUUGUCUACUUAAUAUUUAAUACAUUUUGGACCAUUCAUUAUUGUGAUAACUGCAAAAUAUUUUUAUAUAUGCAAGUUAUUAAAAUAUAAUAUACAGUUAAAUCAACUAUUUUAAAUAAUGUUUAUCGGGUGAUAAUUUUGUGGCAAACUAUUAAUCUAAAAAUUAACAAACCAAUAAAUUAUUAAUUUUUAAUUUAAAAAUCUGCAUAUAUUGUUUAAUUAACUAAGUAUAAUAAAGUUCUGUAAUUUUUAAAAACAACAAAAAUAUGUCUUAAAAUUAAAAUAAUACAAGUUGUAUUCCACUUUAAUGAAAUUAAUAACUUGCAAAUAUUUUCUGUUAACUUUUGUUUACUUUCAAUCUAAUGGGUAUUUUUUAACAUUAGCAUGAACCAACAACUGUAACAUGUCUUCUAUGAAAUAUAAAUUAUGUGUUUAUAA